AUGCCGUCAUCAGACUAUGGGAAUGCGGUGGGUGGAGGCCUCAAGCUCAAAGGUGCCAAGAAUGCUGGCAUAAAGAAGAAGAAGAAGUCGCAGACUGUGAAGCCGUCUGAUACUGCCCUCGCUAUCAUCGACAAGGAGCAGAUUGACGAGCCUGACGAUGUACAGAAAGUGCUUGCAGAUGAGGAUGUGGAUGGAGCGCUGACCAAAGAGCGCGAGGACGAUACUAAGCAAUAUGGCAAGACCGAAGCACAGCGCCGGUUCGAGGAGCGGCGACGAAAACGACUAGACGAACGUCUUCAACGCGAAGGCAUCAAGACGCAUAAGCAGCGGGUCGAGGAGCUCAAUAAGUACCUGUCUGGGCUGAGUGAACAUCAUGAUAUGCCGAAAAUCGGUCCUGGUUAA